GUGCGUGACGGAGCAGGGCAGGGCUGGGCCUGCGGGAGCGCGGCCUUGCGGUCCCCGGGCCUCCUCUCCGGGCGCCCCGGCUCGGCUGCGCCACCUGUAACCCAAGCCCGGGCCCCGGUGUCGGCGGCGGGGUGAGCCGGGGCCGGGGAGGGGGCGCCCGGCAGCGCCCACCGGGUCCCCGCAAGGCCGGGCGCAGCUCGGAGCCGGGAGCCGGCCCAGCGCGUGGCUUCCCGGAAGGCCCCGCGCACCGGAAGGCGGGAGGGAAGGCGGGGCCAGCGCCGGGACCGCCACCGAGGCCUGCGCGACCCUCCCGGGGCUGGGGCUGGGGCCGGGGAGCCGGGCAGGGAGCGGGGGGACAGCAGGGCUCGGGUGGCGGGCGCGUCUCCGUCUCCGCGCGCGCCGCAGGGCUUCGCUCCGGUAGGCCAGCAACGAUGACCAUCAUGGUGGAGGACAUCAUGAAGCUGCUGUGCUCCCUUUCCGGGGAGAGGAAGAUGAAGGCAGCAGUCAAGCACUCCGGGAAGGGUGCCCUGGUCACAGGGGCCGUGGCCUUCGUCGGGGGCUUGGUGGGUGGCCCACCGGGACUUGCCGUUGGGGGUGCUGUCGGGGGGCUGUUAGGUGCCUGGAUGACAAGUGGGCAGUUUAAGCCAGUUCCUCAGAUCAUAAUGGAGCUGCCCCCUGCCGAGCAGCAGAGGCUCUUUAAUGAAGCCACAGCCAUUAUCAGGCACCUGGAGUGGACGGACGCUGUGCAGCUGACCGCACUGGUCAUGGGCAGUGAGGCCCUGCAGCAGCAGCUGCUGGCCAUGCUGGUGAACUACGUCACUAAGGAGCUGCGGGCCGAGAUCCAGUACGACGACUAGGCCGCACCUCGGGGGAGGUGGGGGACUCCUUUAGAUGACUCUGUGACACUGAAGAGGUGGCUUGGGAGCUGGGAGAAGCCCAGUGGAUGCCCCUGGGGAACCUCCACAUCAUCAGUGUACUGCUAGCAACAUCCUGCUGGAGAGGCGACCUCCAUGCAGUGUCACGUUCCAGAAAUUACUUACGAAGAAGCAUGUGCCAGCGUCGUGUGCACCGACGUGCCAUGACAGCCCUCUGACCGGCCCCCCAGUGAAGAGCAAAGGCCUGCCUGCCGCAGGUUUCAGUGGCAUCUACUGAAUCCUCUCACCCGCGUGGGUCUGGGGAAAUGAAUCCUGCUCAGCCAAUGGUCUGACCACACCUCAUCCUCCCCCGGGGGCCUUCUCAUCUUGGGAGAUGACUCCUCUUCCAAACACCUCCUGCAGGACUGGAGGCCACCCCUCUGCAGGCCCUGGGGUCUCGGAGCCUUGGAGCGGCCCUUGCUGGAAUCACGUUUACCUCUUAGUGCAGCCCUCCCCUAACCAGGGACCGCCAAACAGCCCCAUGGAGGGGACAGGCGGCCUGCUGAGUGAAGCCUCAAGCACCAAGUGGACUUGACCCCCCAGUGGACUUGACCCCAGCCCCCACUAGCUGCACACCUAGACUCGCCCUCCCAGGGCCUCACUCUUCCCAUCUGAAAAGUCACAGUAGUACUUGAGGUUUACUUCUCAAAUGAAAUAUUCGUAGUAAAAAGAUCAGGCAUACCUCAGAGAUAAUGCGCAGUAGCAUUAUGUCUAAAAAAAUGUACAAACCUUAAUUUAAAAAUAUUUAUUGUUCAAAAUGCUGACAGAGACACAAAGUGGGCACCUGCUGUUGGAAACAUGGUGCCAAUCGACUUGCCUGAUGCAGGGCUGCUACAAACCUUCCGUUUUUGAAAAAGCACAGUAUCUGCAAAGCAUAGUAGAGACAGGUAUGCCUGAAUUGCUCCUGCUGAAGUGGUGUGAUAUAAAGCACCUCUAAGGAAUGUUUCCACCCUCAAGAUUUCCCCAGUACAGUCAGCUCUCCGUAACCGUGGGUUCCACAUUUGGAUCCAACCAGCCUUGGAUAGAAAAUAUUUGGGAAAAAAAUUUUUUUUUUCUUGCGCUUAUUCCCUAAACAAUAUGGUAUAGCAUAUUUACAUAGCAUUUAUAGUGUAUUUGGUAUUAUGAGUAAUCUAGAGAUGAUUUAAAUUAUGCAGGAAGGUGUGUGUAGGUUAAAUGCAAACACUCUGCCAGUGCCUAUCAAGCACUUGAGCGUCCUCAGAUUUUGUGUCUGAGGGUUGGGGGUGCAGUCCUGGAGCCCGUCCCCCAUGGAUACUGAGGCAUAGCUGUACUGUGUGUUUUCACUUUGCUUUCAGAACUACAACUGCAGUGCGAUUGAUUACAAUAAAUGUUUUUCUAAAAAGUCAUUUUCCCACAUAUUUUGUCUAAAGUAUCUCUAACACUCAGAGUCUUACAAAUGGAACAAGAGGGGAAGUACCAGAUUUGUGGCUUUAAAGAAUCCAAGAGUGGACCAGGCGAGGUGGCUCAUGCUUAUAAUCCCAGCGCUUUGGGAGCCCAAAGUGGGAGGAUCACUUGAGGCUAAGCGUUUGAGACUAACCUGGGCAACAUCGGGAGACCUCCAUCUCUACAAAAAAUGUAAUUUAUUGAUCCCCAGCUCCUGGGGCAGGGCAAGGAUUUGGGACUCUCCUCUCAGCCCCUGGGGGCUCGGAGGGAGGCACUUGUGCCAAGCCUCCUUAGAGGAAAGCUCAGUAUCCCAGCGCCUCCGUGUGUGUAAGGACCUCAGUGUGAAUUAUAACCCAUGGUGAUUAAGGAAGGGCUGAGCCUUUCUCUUGCAGAGCGACUGCUCUUCGGCUGGCCUCGUCUAGCACAAAUCAGGUGCCCUCACACAGGCCACACUCCUGGAGUUAAUGAAGCCGCCUUAAUCAUUUAGGUGCCAUUUGAGUUGAUGGGGGACAGGGCAGGGGUGGGAAGGAGAGGUUGUCUGUGAAAACUGAGGGUGGCGUUUCUUGAUGAACUGAUCAUUCUUGCUCUUCCUGCAAAUAAGUCCUUCGUACCGUCCCUGGAUCUAAAAACGGAAAAUCAGGGCAUACCCACCUCCCAGUUUGCUGUAGCUUUAGUGGGCUCUAAAGUUGCCCUGUUUCGUGUAAAGGAAAGAACAUUGAUUUGUGGACAGCAUGAGAAUGAGAUGUUUGGGUUCAGUGCUUCAAAGUUGGGAGACACUUUUUCCAUGUUAAACAAAUGCCACCUUCUCCAGCUGCUUAAAGCAAAUCCCCCUGGAACAAUCAGGGCUGAAAUCGAGUUCCCUUUGUUCGGCGAUUGGGCCCCCCUCAUUUCUACUUGUGCCUCAGGCCCCAGUCUGUGUCAGGUCUAAGGGACAUGGGUGGUCCCGGCUCAGAGGCCCCAUGUCCACUGCAGCCCCUCCCACGCCUGCCCACCCCUCCCACAGGGAAAAACACACAGGGAACUGAUGGUCCAACUCCUGACCAGUUUUGUGUCUGAUGGGGCAGGCCUUGCUGAGUGAAGAUGCUGAGACUACUGGGUCCUGGGGUGACUCGGAGGCUUUGGGUCCAAGAGGGCAGCCUGAACCUGAAGUCUCAUCUCCCCCAGGAGCUGAAAACACUGUUCUUGAUUUCCCCCAGGAAAUCAAGCUUCUGCUUCUCAGCUCCUGUGGUUUUAGUAUUUAUAUAUCUAUAUCUUCUUUGUAGAAAUUUAUUUAUUUUUGAAUAAGUAAUACCUGUCUGGUACAAAAUUUCAAAGGUGCAGAAAUUAAGAGAAGGCCUCCUCCCCAUGCUGACCCCAGAGGCAGCCACUGUUACCAAUUUCAUGUGUAUUCCUUUAAGUGUUUUGAAAUAAGUCUCUGAAAUCUGCUCAUUUCCUUCUGUCAAUAUUCCUUGCUGAAAACCAAGAGAAACUCAGAAAGAAUAAUGACAUAAAACCCACAAAUUUCACCACCCAGAAAA